UUUGUGCUCCGAACCAAGAGAACCUCAAACCCAAAACUAAAGAUGCGCGCCUUCAUCGUAAUGUGCCUGGUGGCAGUCACCUGCGCCGAUAAGCUCGGCUACAACUACCAGCCCGUGGGCCACUCCAGCUCCGGACUGUCCUUCGCUCCUGGAAGUGGCAGCAUUGGAGGUGGUUCCAUUGGAGGUGGAUCCAUUGGCGGUGGUUCCAUUGGAGGAGGAUCCAUUGGAGGUGGACUCAUUGGCGGCGGAUCUAUCGGAGGUGGAAGCAUCGGAGGCGGUUCCAUUGGAGGUGGUUCCCUUGGUGGUUCCAUCGGUGGUGGCUCCAUCGAUUCUGGUCUUGGCGGUCUUGGUGGAUUCGGUGGUCUAGGAGGUGGCGAUGCUCUGGCCGCUCCAGUCUCCUACAACGCCCCCGCUCCCGCUGCUGAGCUCCAGAAGGAGUUCUUCACCUACUCCGCCAACGAGCAGGACUUCGAUGAGCCCCAGGAACUGGAGCGUGUUGCUGGAUCCGUGAACAAGGGACUGCGCGUUGUCUUCAUCAAGGGACCCGAGAACCGUGGUCUGGAGAACGCCGCCCUUGCCCUUGCCAAGCAGGCUGCCCAGCAGGAGACCGCCAUCUAUGUCCUGAACAAGCAGGCUGAUAUUGGAGAUCUUGCCCAGAAACUGAACGCCAUCCGCAACAACAACAACAACAAGCCCGAGGUGCACUUCGUCAAGUACCGCACUCCCGAGGAUGCUGCCAACGCCCAGCGCGCUAUCCAGUCGCAGUACGACCAAUUGGGAGGAUCCUCUCAGGCCCACAACGGUGGUGUGGCCUCCGCCCUGAACUUCGCCUCCGCUGGACCCGUCCAGAAGGUUAAUGCUCAGAUCCCUGAGAACGCUUACCUGCCCACUUCUAUCUUCCGUCGUCGUUUGUAAAUAUUUUAACGACUUCGAGAUGAAGGCGUUGACUGUUCUUGUUAAAUCUUAUUGUUGAAAUCUAUUGAUAAUUAAUAUACAAAAAACUGAAUCCAAAA